AUGUCAUAUCUGAAAGAAAACAAGGGUAUCACUCUCACCCUUUGUUAUUUAUACUUGGUUCUUGGUUCUUGGACUCUCAGUGACUGUAUCAAGCUUCCAAAUUGUGCCAUAAACCACAAAACAUUCAUGAGACCUUCUGUGGGGGGGGUUUCUUCCUCCUUCACAAAUUUUCGUUCUGCCUCAUCAUGGUUCGAGUUGUAUGCUGCUUUCUCCACAUUCAUGAUGCUUCUAAGAUCCGCAAUCAACGAUCUCAUACCCAAAGAAGUUCGCUCUUUCAUACACUCAAAACUAAAGGCUUUCUUCUCAGACCGUAAAAAAAGCAACCAGGUCUCACUUCAGAUCACAGAAAUUUGGGAUGGCCACACCAACCAACUCUUCCAAGCCGUCCAAGAGUAUCUCCCAACAAAGAUCUCCCACUCGUACAAAUCCCUCAGAGUUGGGAAAAUUUCAAUGCACAAGAACUUAGUAGUGGCAGUCGAUGGAAAACAGGAGGUGGUGGAUCGAUUUGAAGACAUCAAGCUCAGAUGGAAACUCGUGGAUGAAAGCUCCCAAAAAGGAUCUGAUAAUCGCGAACCUCCUCGUCAUCGCAAGUCCAGCAGUUUCGAGAGGCAAUCGUUUACUCUAAGCUUUGAUGAGAAGCACAGAGACGUGGUUAUGAACAAGUAUCUCUCCCACGUUCUGAGCGCAUAUGAGGAUAUGCAAGCAAAGCAGAGAACCAUCAAGAUCCAUUCCAUUGGUGGUGGAAGGUGUUGGCAGAAAAGUGACUUAACACAUCCAGCAUCGUUCGAGUCGCUUGCAUUGGAUCCAGAGCAGAAGCAGAGCAUCAUUGAUGAUUUGGAUCGGUUUUUGCGUAGGAAGGAACUGUACAAGAAGGUGGGGAAGCCUUGGAAACGUGGCUACCUCUUGUAUGGUCCCCCAGGAACAGGAAAAUCUAGCCUUGUUGCCGCUAUGGCCAACUACUUGAAGUUUGAUGUGUAUGAUUUGGAACUCACCUCUGUGUUUUCUAACUCAGAGCUCAUGCGAACCCUCAAGGAAACAUCUAAUCGCUCCAUCAUUGUCAUCGAAGACAUCGACUGCAACACAGAGGUGCUUGCUCGAUCAACGGCUAAACCCUUGUCAGAUUCAGAUUCUGAUUUUGACCGCAAGCAUGUCAAGGUUAAGACAAACAGAUUUACUUUGUCGGGUCUGCUUAACAACAUGGAUGGGUUGUGGUCAAGUGGUGGAGAGGAGCGGAUUAUAAUCUUCACUACUAACCACAGAGAGAAAAUUGACCCAGCAUUGCUGCGCCCCGGUCGUAUGGACAUGCACAUUCACAUGUCCUUCCUCAGAAGCAAGGCAUUUCGAAUUCUAGCUUUCAAUUAUUUAGGCGUUAAAGGAGAUCAUCCACUCUUUGAGCAAAUUGAUGAUCUGCUGGAGAAAAUACAAGUCACCCCUGCGGUGGUAGCUGAGCAACUGAUUAGAUAUGAGGAUCCUGACGUUUGUUUGGAAGCACUUGUUCAAUUUCUCAAGGAAAAGGCCAAGGAAACCCAUCUUUUAUAUUUAUGA